AUGGUAGCUUUGAUCGUUGAUUACGACAACAGUGAUUUCACUGAUAUUAUGAUACAUUCAAUCAAAGACCGAUUUAAUCCAACUGGUCUCACACUAGGUGAUUUUAACAGUGGUAGUCGAAUUGAUAUUCUUACCGCAGGUUUUCAGACGGAUAGCGUAGUGAGACUGUUACUAGAUAAAGAUGAACUGUUUCUAAAUUCAAUUAGCUACUCUACGGAACCGAGCUCACAACCUUGGUAUCACGACGAGCUGCUCGAUAUUACCCUUGUCAAUCAAGAAAACAAUAGUUUUGGUAUUUUCUUCGGUGCAGUCAACGGAAAAUUUACAAACCAAAUCAUAUAUCUCGCUGGCAAUGGAUCAUUUUCUCGUUUGCUUACUAUGGGAGAUCUCAGUAAUGAUACUUCGAUGGAUUUGGCUGUCGCCAAUACAGUCAACAGUUGA